AUGUUUCCGGCAAUGCCAGUGCGACCGUCAUCUCGUCAAAUAUCACUCUGCCACUUGAAAUAUAUUCGUAUAGGGCGGGCUUCAGAUUCAUAGAGAAGCACUCGUCCGACGCUAUCAUGGCACCGGUCAACUCAGGACAUUUGCGGAUUGACACAGGCAAUCUGCAGGUCAAUUUCCCUAUUGAUGACAAUAUUUCUGGUGUCUCUUCUCAUCUUACUUCUCCUACUACCCGUGAACGCGUCCGGAGUCUAUCACAAACCGUCAUUCCCUCUCUUCGCAUCUCAGGUGUUCCCAAUGCGGAGCGAUCCCCAGUCACCGAGAGUAUCUCGACCAUGAUGGUCUCUCAAGGUGCUAGCAAGGCAAAGAACGAGUCCAGAAAGCUCCUUGCCCAUAUUCUAGAUCAACUCAAGCGCAGACCAAUGCCUCCAUCCUUAUUCAAAAUUCUCGAUCCCCGCACUGCUCAGUCAGAAAAGAGUUUAGAUUCCAUGGUACGCUCCGUGAAGGGGAUUGCCUCUUCCAAAUCCGGAAAAUCUGAGAGCGCACGAAAGGGAGCGGUUUCAGAAGACAGCGACGACGAUGUAGCUGGAGACGACCUUGAGUUCUAUACUGAUGGUACACUUGACUUGCUGAGCCAAGUGCGAGAUGUACUUCUCAUAUCCGCUGCGCAGCGCUGGGAUCUUUUCUCAGAAAGUGGUGAUUACGUAGAUCCUCCCAAGUCGCCCGCCGCCCGACGAAACUCCGAAGAGAGAUCGCCAUCUUUUCUUCGAAGGCGCACUCCGGAGCUUCUGUCAGCGUGCAUUUCUAUUCUCUCGUCGAUUAUCCUAGACGACUGUCGAUACCAAGUUUCUGCGCCGAAGCCUUCACGACCUCCUUACGCACUCCAAGCUCUAACACUAGACGUUGCACAAUUCCUUCUACAUGCUCAUAGACAUAAUUCUCGAACUGUCUCUCAGAUUACGAUGGUCAUCAUUCCCGCAUUUCAGACGUUCCCCUCUGCAAUGCAUACCCGCCUUCUGGCCUUUUUCGAGGAGGGGGUCCUUGGUGAGGUGCUGGAACAGCUACACCGUCUACAAGGGCGCCAUGCAAUACCUGUUAAUUCUCCAGACGAAUCAUUUGCUGAUGAUUCCGAUCCUCCAAUGGUGUCCAUCCACGUCGAUGAGGUUCAUGAUAAUGUCAACACACCGUCAUCUGCUCAGAGCUGGCGAAGAUGGACGUUACAGGACGCCGGUGUUCCUUCGAGUCAUGCACCAGAGCAAGACCUAUCCCUAUACUACUUGACCUCCGUCGUAUCACCCUUACUCGCCGCUAUAGUGGAAAACGUGGACAUUCUAUCUAGCAACAUUCCUGCGGUGCAUCGUUUCCACCGUCUCAUAGAUAGGCUGAUAAGUGGCAAACCAGAGGUAUAUCUGGACCUACUCGGGGUAAUCGCUUAUCAUACACCUCAGGCUCGACAUGCAGCAACUAGUCUGUUACUCUCAUACUGGCCUAAGGCCGUUGGACAUAUCGUGCUAAGCAAGCCGUUCCCUGACGUUAGUUACUCGGCAGCCUUGGCUCGUGAACAAAUUCCUGACCGCAGGCAUUCUAUCACCCGUCUACCGCCAAGUGUAGACUUGCCCCACACUCAUCAAUUUGUUCCCUGGCGUUUCAGCACUUCUCCUUUACCCCAGAUUUUCGAAGGCUUCUCACAGAACGAAUGUCGUGUUUGCUCAGAACCGAUGGAAGGGUUUGGACUAAGUUGUCCAUUCUGUAUGUGCUCAGUGCACUUCGAUUGCUAUGACUACCCAGAAGGAAGCUUUGUCACGCAAUACUCGAUGGACUCGGAACCGGAGGUACAGAAGGUUGCCGUGUACCGUUUCAGUCAUGUCCUACCAUCCAGGCGAGAUGGCUCGGAUCCGUUCACGCGACAUGGCCACCACAUGUUUCGAUUGGUCAAUAUAUUCAGUCUUACGCUUUGUUUCGUUUGCAAGAAGCCACUGUGGGGAUGUGUUAUGCAAGGUCUCAAAUGCAGCUCAUGUAAACACUUCGUACACUCGUCUUGUCUCGGCGCCGGACUGCCGCUCUGUAGAGAUAGUAUGGUCACUUCCUCGCAUAUGAUUGUGCGAUGGUCUACGUUGCGAUGGACCUUUGUGGACCAUUAUCAGGAUUUAGCCUUUACGGACGCCGAGAUAGGCGACAAGACUCACGAAGAAGUCUCCGUCUUCUUUGCGGUACUAUGGACGCAGCUUCAGAUCUUGAACAACGGCAUAGCUUUGGGGUCUCUUGUCAUUGACGACGAUAGCUCAAGCAUCCCCGAAGAAGGCAGACUGCAAGAGUUCGAGCUGCAUUACCUUGUUCAACUUUUCGAAGUACAUCUGUCCUCCGGGCAUCUUCCGGUAUCUGGUGCCCUCUCCGAGUAUCUUUCAGAAAAUCGCCUGCGAGCUCGGGACCACAUAUUCUAUUUCGAUUGGAAUACACUGGCUUUUCUCGUCAGUGUCGUCAAAUUGCCAUACAGUGAAUCAGACGCUCUAAAAUCGAACGUCUCAUCUGAUCUCCUCGGCGUUGAUCUUCCUCAGAGAGGGGAGGAAUCUUCCGACGAUGCAGCACAUCCGUUCGAAGUAGUGUCUCUCGCCCACGUUCGUAAUCAACUUGGCGAAUCCCUGAACCUUGCCUCGGAAGCGGCCGCUCGACAUCUCCUUUCUCAUAUCCACCAUAUUGGACUUCUCCAUCGGCUGGACCAACAUCACCAUCUGUUUGAAUCCAGAACGAAUCCAGAACGACUGCUAUGUUGUUUUCCGAUUCCAUUUGGGUUCGACGUUUCUGUCGACAUUGAAACGCUGGUUGCAGUGAUUGAAGCAUGUCUGUCGGACCUGGAUCUCUCUGUCAAUGAAGUUGGAUUUCUACUGCUUAUCCGACGAUUUUGGCCAAAUGGGAUGCUGUCAGAGUACACGUUCCAACGUCUUUCGAAAGCGAUACUUACCUGGAUAUUCGCAGAAGAUGACAAUCUCGCUGUAAUUCUGCGGGAUUAUGUCGCUCGAGGACGUAACCUCCCUGGGGUACGGGGUGGCUUAGAAGUGCGGCCUUGGCCCAGUGUGGCCCAUUCACGGCCAAAUGCCGGGGGCUCAACUAACAAUGGUGGAGACUACGUUGCUUGUCGCCGAGCACUGCUGCAGAGAUACGCCGCGCCAUGGAUGUUGGCUUUCCAUGAUCGCGAUAUCGAAGCAUACGCAGACACCGUCUAUGAGUUGCUAGUUGAGCAUGCUGAAGGCGCAUAUACAGACGACUAUCUACUAGGCGCGUCAUCUGAGCGAGAAGAACAGAGACGAAACGCUGCAAUAUCUGAUAGGAUACUCAGGCAUAUCAUCAAACUCUGUCAAGUGUCCAUUAUAUUCACCGUCUUUGAAGAUCUGUUCCAUAGAUGGUUGCAACAAGCGCAUGUACUGAACAUAAAUGACGAGCCAAGUCUGUCCUUACCCCGAUUGUUCAAUCGAGGGUCCGAGGACAAUAAUCGCUACAGUUCUGUGAUGGAUUCUCGGAUGACGAUCUCAGAUGUCUCUUCGAUGGCUAACACCAAUCCUCUCCAUGAACUUCUGGACGCUGCAAAAGCGGGUAAAGACGGGUUUGAGCGAGGCCUACAUUGGCUUUGCUUGUUUGUGUCGUCAGGAGUCGAUGUUCCGAUCUCCGCCUUCAUGCAAAUGGCAGAGUUGGCGAGUCAGUUCCAAGCCGACUUAGCCGAAUGCACUUUACUGGCGAAAGCUGGGUUGUGGUCCAGCUGGCUAAAGUCGAUGGGUCGUCAAGAAUUACAAGCUAUGGUUUCCACUCUUCAUGUUCACCUAACUGCCCAAAUUCUCGAUGGCUUACGGUCGCGCCAGAACUUGCCGGAAAUUGUCAUCUUCAUUCGGCAGUCUUUAGCAACAUGCUUGCUGCUAUAUGGAUGCGAUAGAAGUAAUUUGAUCGCUCAUGGCAUGAUCCUCGAAGACGAGAUUCGAUCUUUACCUUCAAGGCGGAAGAUCAACACCAGGGUUGACAUGCUCACAGAUCCGAUUAUCGUUGACGCUACGCUCAUGGCUGUCCUGAGAUCAUACGUUGAAACGGGCGUGGACGAAGUAUCUUGUUUUGCGGCAAGAUUUUUGAACCUUUUUGUCAACGAGGCACCAUUACUCGAAUCUUAUGAGAUCGAUAAUUUCAUUCUACGGAGUGGACAGACACUGUGCCAUUGCAUGUGGUUGUUUUAUGGAAUUGAGAUACAGGAUGUCUCGGUCACUCGUGCAGCGCUGCUUUUGCGAGUCUUAGUUGUGGACAUCCAACCCUUUCAAGCUCUCUUGAGUCAACAAUUUCAGCCACGGACUGAAUGGCAACAACGCAUGCAAUCAAUAUCUUGGUUGUUCCGCAUGAUCCUGGAUGUCACCAGCCCCGCAUUCGUUGCAGAUGAUCGUCAAUGGCGGCCCAGUGUAAUUGACAUAUUCUACCAUUUCUUUGCAUCCUUGUGGCUUGACGAUCGGGAGGAAAUUCGCUUGUCCGUAGAGACAUGGUCGCAAACAUUGCUCCCAGCUCAUCAAGAAGCCAUCGCUCUUUGCUGGGACGAGGCCCUGAAUAAAGCCCCAAUCGCCGAGCGCGUCAGACUCGUACAUUUUCUGCUCCAGCUUCGUCCUCAUUUCCCCUUUUGGCAAGUUUUACACUGGAAUGCUAUGAUAGAAACCCUGCUAGAGAACGAUUUCAUUCAGAAAAAUGGAGAUGAUGAAGAGGGUCCGGCUUCAGCUCAUCUUUCAAUGUACGGAUUGUCGAGCAACAAGGGCGCCGACUCCACAGGAGCCGAUUCCGAUCUGCGCAUAUUGCAGGUGUCCCUUAUUUCGCUUAGCUUACGGAUGCUUGCGGACGGCAUCGAAAGUGACAUCGUGUCUCUCUUAAAGAUCAAGGAGCAUCUACUUCGAUUGGUUGGUUUCUCGGAUACUGCCUUGGUUUCCUCUGGCGGGGGACAAUCCUUUUACAUCGAGUAUGGUGGUCUAGAAAAUAUCGCUGGUGGAUCUUUCCCUUGCUUGGACGAUCUUAUGCUGCUCCUCGAUGCAUCGUAUCCCUUUGGUCUUGCAGCGUCUGCGAUGGGAGGUCCGUAUGCCAACGAUGAUACCCCUGUGCCUCUCCUGAUCGGUUCUGUAUUCACGAAUGUGCUUCUUGACAUUUUCAUUCACGCUCAAAACCUGGAGACUUUACCUCCGAUCACACUCAAGAAUCUUUUGAAAGCUUUGCUCAUUGUCAUUUUCAAGCAUGAUCUUGACAGCAAACCAUUAAGACACUUACAGGCGAAUCUGCGUCGUGCGGCUCGACGAGUCCUGGAUCUGCUAUUGGAGGAGAAGCGACUAAGCUAUGAACUUAGGCAACUAGCUCUAUCUGCUUGUCAGGCGUUCAUAAGAAGAUGGCCUAGUAUCAUUGGCAAUUUCAUCUGCGAGGCACUGGAAGUUGUCGUCAAAUUGAUGGUUUCGCUCAACUACGAACACAGCGCGGAUGAUUUGCUAGUCUCCCAGGCAAGGUCUUCCCUGGAAGGGAUACUAUCAAUGUUUGCUAUGAGUGGUGUUUUGAAUAUCCUGUUCAAGCGUCGCCAAUCGCCAGACUUCUUUGUGGUUGUACGGCAUGUUAUAGAUGCAAAAUCAAGGACAGCUGGACCCGCUCAAACGAAUUUACGUGAUACAUUGCUUCGCGAUACACUACCUCGUGCAGUGGAAAACGACAUUGACUCAUAUCAGACAGUCAUAGAGAACAUCAAUACUUAUGUUGAAGUUGUUUACCACCAAAAAUACAGCCCAGAGCUUAUGCAAUUCAUUGGUCUAUUUCUCACAAACGUUGCACGAAAGACCGCCGACUGGCCUCCAAGCGCUUUUGAUCCGAGUCCACUGCUACUUAUGGCUUGUACCGUAAUACAGCACAACAAAGCCCAGUGUCGAGACCUCCUUAUCCCAUUGGAGACGUUCAUUCGUGCCUCACUUAUCAGAUUCAAUGUCACGCUUGCCAGCAUCAACAAGGCAUUACAGGUCACCACCUCUCUCUACCGCAAAGCGACCACGCCAGAACAGAUGCUCAGUCUGAAUCAAAUUGCACUCGCUUUCUUGGAGCUUUUGCACGAUGGACUACAUGGCAAGGCUCGUGUCACUGCUGCAACAAUGACAUCUCUCGUUGAGGCUAUCAUACCUGGCAAAGACAAGGAAACUUACUUGAAGCUUCCUCGCGAUACGGCUGUUCGCCUGGCAGAGGCAGGACUCUUCUAUCUCUAUGCUGAAAGCUUGGAAAGUUCAUCGCAGAUGGAUUUCACCGCAUCACAGGCAGUGGCAAAUAUGGUAUUGACUAUCUCCCAGGACCAACCUCAAGUACUCUCAAGACUUACGAAAUCGCGCAUGGCCAUUAGAGCUUGGAAUCUUGUACUGCUUGCUGCAGUUUCAAGUCCUACGGGAGCUCUCGCGCAAAUGAUGUUCAACUACCUUGCUUCCUUCUCUUCCGCUUACGGCAGAACUCUCAGUCCGUAUAUCCAAGCCGAUGCUGCCUCUCAGGAACUGCUUCAUUUCGAUAUCAGCAGGGCAUAUGCUUCGAUCAAACUGUGGUUGCUCCUAUGUCGUAAGGCAUCGACAGGGGAGCAUAAUAUUUUAGAAGGCACGAAGGAGAACCCCACAGACAAAGAAACUCUGCUCACUCGGACCAUCUGGAAUGAAUUAUGGCCUCCAUUUGAGGCUGUUGUGCUCGCGCUAGAUCUUGACGUCCAAACAGGAAAUCAAGCGGCAUUGACGUCGACUGUCGCCUCUUCGGUAGCCGACCUCUUCCUCUUCCUACGUCAGACACGAUGCGUGGUCGCCUUGGAGGUGUCGUCUCAAGCUGCUUUGUUAAACAGGCUUCGCACAAUCAAGCGUGCGGAACACAAGAUAUCCAGAGUCUUGCGGAGCCUGUCUGAGAUGCCAUCCAAUGCCAGCUUGGAUUCCUUCGUUACGCAGACGAAGACAGAGAUAUGGGCAGAGGAGAAAUUGGAGGCAGCCAAGCGACAAGACAUGUCCCGUGCCAUUCCGGAGAGGAUGAGACGCAUCGCCAGCUAAUUAACCACUGGAAGACCGGAAGGCAACCUGUAGUCGCUGUUUUCUAACCCUAUAUAACAAACGGCCAUCAUUAUUUGUAUUACAAGGAUUUUUUAGGAUUGUUUGCGGAUGUGUGGUGCU